AGAAGGAGUUGCAGGGAACUGGGAUUCGGGAACUGCGCUAAGACCUUAGCUGCCAACAGUUGUGCAAAUUCACAGUUGAAGGCUGCUCUCGAUAGCUUCAAAGCAAGGAGGAGAGUUGUGUCUUCAAAGGCAUUCGACAGGCUGUGGCACAGCUGAAUGCGCAAACUUGAGUGAUUCAAUCACAUUGCUCAAGGACUACGGAGGAAUCUGCUAUUUGAACAUUUUUGGAAGUACAUUCCAGCUUGAGCUGCAGAAGGCUUCACAACAAGAGCAGCUCUUUUCGGGAUUACUUCCAUAUCAUGGCGGCAAUUCCUGGUGCUUGGCAGCUUGCACAAGCAUUGGGGAGACGGAGUAGUCUGAUUCGCCCCAGCUUUUGUGCAACUUUGCAAAAAGAUGCAGAAUGCAGGUCCCUGGAUGUUGUAGCUACACAAUCAGCCACAGCAACUCCCAACUUGACAGCAAGGAACUUCGCAACAGCGCCGCAUGCUGACAUCCCUAUCCCUGCAAAGAAGCCCAAGGAUGCCCCUACCGCAAAGAUGGCUGACGUCCUCAAGGCAAUGCACAAGGAAGACAGCAACAUCAUCAGCUGCAAGCCAGAUGACCUUGUCAUUGAUGCGGUCAGGAAGAUGGUCAAUGAGAACAUCGGCGCGCUGGUAGUCCUUACCCCCUCUGCCAGAUCCGGAAAGCACUCUACUGUGGCAGGAAUUGUUACGGAGAGGGACUACCUGCGGAAAAUCAUCCUGCUGGGGAGGUCGUCAAGGGAGACGCCUGUCCGGGACAUCAUGACUAAGGAGGAGGACCUGAUUGCCGUUCCGCCGGAAUCCAACGUUUAUGAUGUCAUGGAGCUGAUGACGGAGAAGCGCAUCCGCCACAUGCCGAUCGUCGAGGGGCCAGAGAAGCAUUUACUAGGGGUCGUUUCAAUCCGGGACAUGUUGGAUACAAUGGUUCAAGAGAAGAAGAAAGAGAAGGCCGAGCUGCAGGAUUACAUCGGGGGUAGCUAUUAGGGGGACCUGCGUGCACGGUGUGCCCGUUUCAUCUGAAUGUUGGUGGCUCUUUUGUACAAAGUCUACGCAAUCAACGCGAACUUUCUUAAGAAGCUAGAACUGCUCUUGCAAACUUGUGUGAUGUCAGCAACCGAAUUGGGAUAAGGCAACUCAUACUUUCGAAGUCAAACGUUUUCAGAUCUAACUUACAGAUUUUAUCAAUCUUCGUCAACGUCUGCGACUCGUCAUUUGAAACAUUAAGUACAUGUUCGAUCAGAGAUUGGCUUGUUUGAUCAGAGAUUGGCUUGUGCAUCCGACGGUUCUAGUCGCCACCGAUUCGCUAGCAGACUUGUAGAGUAUGUACGUAGUUGCAAUCAGGCGGCUAGACUCAGCCUGAGCGGGCUAGCUGUAUCCAAGAAUCACUUACGG